CUCUUAAGGUGUGGCUGCAGGCUUUUUGGGAGCAAGGGAAACGUCGGAAGACGUUAUGGAACGAAUAAAUGCGCUUCUUUUUCUUUUACAGGCGACAGUAACUGUUGUCAACACAGGUUCACACUCAAUGUGGGUGUUUCCAACAUUUAUUUACGGGCAGACCAAAUUCCCAGAAUUCAGUAUUUCGGUAUUUGUGGAUGAUCUUCAGGUGCUGUACUAUGACCGCAACAUCAAGAAACUCAUCUCUCGAAGCCAACCAAACUCUACAAAGGGAGUUGAAGAUAUUAUGCAUCUAGGUGCAGACAGUGUGAUAGAAGACAUUUACAAUUACAUGAAACGUCGUGCAAAUCUCUUCGCCAAUCACACUGGAGGAGUUCAUGUUCAUCAGAGGCUGGCUGGAUGUGUGCUGGACAAUGACAAGCCCAGUCAGGUCAUGGUGUGGGAAGCUUAUGAUGGAACAGAAGUGGUAUAUUAUGACACGCAUAAUCGCACAGUCAACCCUCUAUGGCCACAGCUUAUAUGGACCACAAAUAAAACAGAGCGUGUUCGAAAGCUGUUUAUAGAUAUUUAUCAGCCCAUAUGUAUCCAAAUACUGAAGCACUAUCUGGAGAAAGAAAAGAACAUUGUGCUUAGAAAAGAGCGGCCCAAAGUCAGACUAAUCCAGAAGACAUGCAGGGAGACUGGAGUGGUGAAGGUGAGCUGUCUGGCCACUGGCUUCUACCCCAGGCACAUCAACCUGACCAUGCUGAGAGACGACCGUCCCAUUCCAGACGAGGAGCUCAUUUUCGGGGAGGUGUUACCCAACGGAGACGGGACGUACCAGACGAGGAGAACCCUGAGUAUCAGUUCGGAGAAAGCGAGAGAGAAACACCGUUACACCUGCUCUGUCACACACCUUGCUCUGGACAACAAGCUGGACAUCAACUGGGAAUCAGGUGAAGGCGCUAAUGUUGCAGUCAUCAGUUCUGUGGUUGUAGUGCUGGUUCUGGUUCUGGUUCUGAUCUUUGCCAUCCCUGCGUUUAUCGUCUACAAGAAGAGACGCAGAGGCAUCUAGACCUCCUUUGGAUACUGCCUCCUGUUUACAGAGGAGUAUACUGUUCUGUCCCUUCUGAAGAUGUAUCACUGAUGAGAAGAAUAGAACUUUGGCCAAGCCAGUGGACGAUUCACCACCCAUGAACAGUGAACUAGUGCUACAGAGGAGAAGACGGAUCAGCACUGCAUCCCAUCUCUACUAAACUACAAAUAAGCUUAGAGAUCUCCACCAUAAUACUAAGAAAAAUCACAACUUCGAAGCUUCGUUCAUUGAAUUGGCAUUCGACUGUGAAAUUAAGCAUUUGAUUAUUAGGAUGGGUGCUCAGUUGCUCAGUUAUUCAGAGGUACUUCAUGGUGCUGUGGGUUGAGCGUAUAGACAGCAGUCACCUGGAGGUUCAUUGGCCUGGCUCAGUUCUGGCGUUUGCACAUUUGCUAAUUGUGAUGGGUAGUACAUUGGGACUAAUCUGUAAUAUUGAUAAUGACUAUAAUGAGAUAAAUGGUAUUGGAUUUUAAAGUAAUCCAUAGCGAUCUGUAUUUUGAUACUUAAACGAUUCUGCUUUUAUAAAUGUAUAUAUAUGUAUAUGGAUGUAUGUAAGUAAUGUUUCAUUUUUUUUCUUUGGCCACGUUUGUCGGAACAAGAGAGCCGGCAGUGUUUGAAAAGCUUCACAUAUCAAUGGUACCCAUCCCUGACCUGUCUUGUGGGUGAAAGGUGAGCGGGAUCGGACUGAGAGAUCUAACUCAGACAGACCUCAAUACAGGCACACAGAAACAGACUGUAAAUAAUCUCGGGCUUCCAGUCUUUUUUAAUUAUUAUUUUUCAUAAUUGUACAACUAAUAAAUGAUAAAAAUGGCAACCAAA